UUUCGUGUUACAAUGUUGGCGAUCAAUAAUCACUAUUGACAGUUACGUCUGAUAUUAGAAACUCUAUGUAUUUACUAAACUUUUAUUAUUAUGAAUGAUUAGAAAACUAUAAGUUUUGGACCAAUAUAUCAUGGAAGAAUGUAUAAAACGAUAGGAUUUGUUGUGUAUUUAUACAUUUUAUGCGCUAUCAAAGGCGAGAAAAUCAGAGAAAUAGCUGUAAAUAUUGGAAAGAAUAUAACCAUACCAUGCCCCCUUCAUCAAACAAGAGAUGUAAUGUGGGUGAGAGAAGGCAGAGAGGAGCAGCAACAUGCAAGAAUGUCAAUUUUGGAAAAUGGUUCAUUGCUGAUAACAGAAGUUGAUCAAAGUGAUGCAGGAUUGUAUUCUUGUAGUCGAGAAAAUGUUGUUAAUUCAGACGUUAAGGCAAAAGUGAAGUUGGCAGUAAGAACUCCACCGCCUCGUUUGUCUAACGUAGUUGUAAGGCCUAGUACAAUCCUUGCACUUUUAUUAUGGGAAGUGGAUGGUACAGGUGGAUACCCAAUUAUAAAUUUCACAGCUCAGUAUCGACUAGGUUAUACUAAUAACAGUUGGAUGCCUAUUUCACCAAAUCACAUCCCCCAGAAUUCAAGACAAAUUGAAGUUUACAAACUUGAACCUAAUACAACAUACCAAUUUAGAAUAUGGGCUACAAAUCAGUUAGGACGAGGAGCUAUUACUGAAGUGUAUGGUACGACGUUGUGUGAAUAUACAGAAUUAGAACUAGCCCGACAUUUUUUUGACAGUGCUGAUAAAUUCGAUACGACAGUUUGGGCAAUUGCUGUUGGAAUAGUCAUGGGUACUCUCGUACUAUUGGGCUUAGGUACAUGUUUUUUACUCUAUCAAGAAUGCAAAGUACCAGGAGUUGUGGAGGAACAUGAAAUAAUAGAACUAGUACCUAAUAUUAUUCUAAACCCAGGAUUUGAUCCAAACUCCAAUGCAGAUCAACUCCCAGACGAGAAUUCCAACAGUGAAACUCCUAUGUUAUUAAAUAAUAACACUGUGGUACAUAAUUGUUAAUUUAUAACAAAUUGUAUCAGGUCAUUCGUCGGGAAUGUUUCUUAAUUAUUUUUUGAGCUGCAAAUGAAUAUUAUAAGAAAAAUAUAUGCUGUUGCUUCAAAUUAAAUAUUUCCAAAAAAAAAGCUUACUAUAAACCAGAUAGGACUGCAAAUAGGUACUUAAGUACAUGAUAAUAUAUUCCUGUACUUUUGGCCGACUCAUCUUAUAAGCUUGUGAAUAAAUUAUCUGAAAUGUAAUUGUACUUUUAAAAAAAUGUAAAUGAGUACAUUUAUUAUUCUUGGGUAUACUUCUUUUUCUAGCACAUUCACCUGUAGAUUCUCAAUUUUAAAUAGCUUUAUUUACAGUAACAUUGUUUAUUCUAAGAGCAAAAUUUUAUUAUUGAAUCAAUACAGCAGGAGCCUAUUUAAGUUGAUUAAACAUUUUUAUCAUACAACUUUUCACUAUAUCAAUAACCUCGUCAAAUUAUUUCUUUAUCAAGGACGUUUUUAAUUUAAUUUUUUAAUUAUCAUACAUUAAUGAACUUUUGUCUUUUUUCUAGAGUUGGAUAUUGACUUCUAUCCAUUGUUCUUCUUCCUAUUUUGAUGUUCAGAAUGCGUCUCUCGUUUACAACUAGAAAGUUCUUUCCAUGGCUCUUUAAGUUACUUUUAGCUGUUACUCUUUUUUUAUUAGUGCCUUAGUAUCUAGAUCAUAAACUGCAACAAGUAAUCAUAUAGAAAAUGCAACUUCAAUUUACUGUCUAUACACAUGGGCAAUUAUUCAACAUAAGAAUACUAAGACACUAUUAUAGUGUCAUUUUAUUCAUGAAAAUAUACUGAGAAUAACCUAUCUAUAGACCAGGUUUAACCAUUUUUGAAAUAAAAAAAAACAGUAGUUGAAUCAUACCCAUUUUAAAAAGGAGAGAAUGUAAGAAAAAUUAAAGAAACAAUAAUUAGAUUAGACAUAAUUACACGUAACCUCAAAAUAAAUGUGCAAAAUUCAAAAUAAAUAAAUUUUGGUUUUUUAUUUUUAUCUCUUGAAAAAUUAUUUUAUUGAAAUUUUCCUGUUCAUGUCCCAAACGCACAGUAAUUUUUUUUUAUUUAAAAUGUUUAAUUUCUCACCUUAUUUUGACUCAAUUGAAAAUUCUCAUUCUUUUUUCUUUUAAAAGAAAAGGCUUUUUGUUUGUUGAAAUCUAUACUUUUUGAUGGCGUGAAAAAAUUUAUAUUACUAUGGUUUUUUCAAAAAAUGAAUAAAGAAAGGGAAAAAAUUAAGUAAGUAAUUAAAGUGGAAUUAAAAAAAAAUUCUGAUUCGAUUUUUUUGCAGUUCUGAGAAAAUUUCCUAUAAUAAUGCCUAUUUUUUCACACACACACAAGAAAGUACAGAUUUCAAAGAACAAAAAGCCGACAUGAGAAUUUUAGAUUGAAUAUUAGGGUGCUUUUUUAAUUAUAAAGACAAAAGAAGAUAAAGAGAAUAUAUUUUAAUUGAAUAAAAAAUAUUGGGUGGUUUGGGACAUGAAAAGUUAAGCUUCCACUGAAUUUCAUGAAUAAAAUCUUUUUUUAAGAUAAGAAAAAACUAAGUUAUUUGAAUUUUCCACAUACAUUUUGAGGUUAUAUAUUAUUCAAAAGUUGUAGAAUUUUUUUAAUACCUACAACUUUGCUAUUUAACUUUUUUCCAUGGUACUAGUAAUUUUAUCGCAAAUCCAGAUGAACAGCUUUUGCCCUUAAAAACUCCCCCUUCCAUUUCCCGGCCAUCGCCGGUGAAUAAUUUUUCUUCCAUUUUUGUUAUAUUCUCUUCCAAUUCUAAUGGGUUUCGUUCUACUACUUUUUUUAUUUUUCACCAUUUUAAAAUGCUUUAACCUUGGUCUACUAAUAGUCUAUUUAAAGUAACAGGCAGUGAUUCAGUCGUGCAGCUGAUACCACUGCUUAAGUUAAGAACAUCUUCAUAAAACAUUCAGUUAACUCACAUUCAUUGACUGUAUGGAAUUUUUCUUUAUUAACUUGAAAUAUCGCAUACAAUUUUGAUGACGAUGAAAGGAUCAAUGGAAAAACUGUUAAAAUAAUUGAUCAUUCAAUUAAGCUGCAUUUUUUAUAUAUCAAUUACAGAUAAUUGUGAAGAAGUGUGGUGACCUAGCAGUUGGGUCACCGCCUUUCCAGCUCGAGUUCCUUGGUUUAAUUCCCGAAGGAAAAUACAUUAUUCAUUAAUUCAAUUUCAAACCAUCAAAUAAACUACUCAACACUUUAAAAACAAGCUUGCAAUACUCUUAAAGAAGACGUCAUGACUAUUAUAUUUUUAAAUUUUUUCUUGACUAGAUUUUAUCAACUUUUUACUCUUUCACCCAAUAGCUUAAUUAGGACUCAACUUUUGGCUUUAUUUUUAAUUUUUUGGUGAAAAGUAUUAUGUGCUUUAUUGUUAUAAUAAUUUUCCACAAUCAAUAUAGGAACUUAAUUUAAAUUUAAAUAUUUUUCUUAAGCAUCUAUGUUGUGAAGGUGAAUCAAAUGCAGCUGUAGAAGCUUUUGAUUGAUUUCAACAUUGAUUUAAUAUUCCAAUAUUCCGAAAGUAAUAUAGGUAGAUUCAGCAGUAGGUUAAAAAUAGAAGAACUAUCUGGUUUGUGAUACAAUUCAAUGUAUAUCUCAUUAUUUUAAAACACAAUUCAAGAAUAUUUGUGUUCAUAUUUUUUAUCUCAUAACUGACGUAUGGCCGGAAAAUCGAAAUGCUUUGUAUAGAGACUGAUACAUCACUUUAUUAAGAAUAAUUUAUAUGUACCGACUGUUUUUUAAAAUAAUUUAGCUUAUGCAACAAUUGUUUAUUAUUUUUGCAGUCAGUAAAUACCUGACAUAAAUAAUUUAGAUAAAAAAAUAUUUUCAUUUAAACAAUUGUGGCAUAUACUUAUAUAAGUAUGUAUUUUUAAGCUAUAUGUGAUUUUUAUUUAGUGAUAUUUUUGAGAAUAUUUUAUUUUAAUAUAUUGAUAGCUUAUUUAAUAAUAGUGCUCCCGGUUAAAUUUUGAUUUAUUUAUUACUGUAAUAGGAAUUACGCGAAUCUAUCGUGAUAUAAAAUUUUUCUAGUCAAGUACAAGAUUGUUGAACAGCAUAUCUAAAAAAUUAAAUUACCAGAACAAGAACUGACAAUAAAAACGUAAGAACUGAUAUUUAAGCAACUAUACUUUAUCUACUCUAGGCGUUGGGUUUAUACAGGAAAUAAAAUACAAUAGCAUAAAAUGAAAAAGAACGGAGCGAAAAAUAUUUCUUCAGAAUACAUAACAUAUAUAUAAAACAUAACAAAUAUUGCUUUGCUAAUAGAUAUAUUUCCGUGGAAACAGUAAUUAACUGUGUAAUAAAGAACAAUAUUGGUCUUCCUGUUUCCAAUAUUUAUCUAUUCUCAUGUUUAAUAAUUAAAUAAAAAGUAGCGAUUAUGUAAUUUUAUUACUGAUAUAUCAAGAAAAGAAAAACACUUCCUCGUAACACAAACCACAAAAAUGCGUAUUAACAAAAAUGAAAUAUUGAAUAGUCUUACAGUUACAUUUUCAGAAAAUAUGAAAUAGAUGAGUUAAAAGCUUGUGAAAUUUCAUAUUAUUUUAUUCGCAAUUUUCUGUAUAAACCUUAUAGUUUUACUUUUAUAUUUUAUUUGUUAUUUUAUUUUUUGUUAUUGGAAAGCAUUGUCGGUUCUUUAGUGGUGUUAAAACAUGUGAUUUUUCGACAGUUUCAAUAUAUAUUUACACAGUUGUUCAAUGAUUCUAAUAUUUCUUUCUCAAAAUCGUUAGAAAUAGCUAAAUGUGCAACUAAUAAUAAUACAUAAUAAUUAAUCUAAUAAUUGUACAUCUUAGAUGUACAACGUACUGUGCUAGUUAUAACUAAAAUAUUUGCAGUAUAUAAAAAUCUCUUGAUAGUAUACUGUUUGAAUUUAACAAAAUUGAAUACAAGAAUCACCAAAAUCCUACAGAUUUUGUGAAUGUUGGUAAAGCAGGAUACAUUGGUUGUGUGUUUAGUUUUAUUUUUGUAGGUUAUUUAGAUACUUUAUUGCGUUAUAUAUAGGUCAAAUGAAUGUCAAUUAAAUGUUGAAAAUCACGUUAAUUUAACCAGAUUUAAAAGGAACAAAAUCUAUUUUCACAUUAACAAAUAAAUAGGAUAGUUACAAAAAAACUAUCCUGGACAAUCAAACACUGAUGAUUUCUCAUAUAUCCCCAAAAAAUAAUUUCAUUUGAAAAUUUAUUGCUUCACUAUUAGCUUUCACAGAAAUUUUUUCUUUUCCUUUUUAGGUUCCAGUUCCUCUUUGAUCCACUUUUACACUUUUUUGUCGUUUGUAAUUUUCUUCAAUUAAUCUCAUUCUGUAAUAUUUGAACCAGGGUCGGUUUUGAUUAAUUUUUGUUUCAACAUUUCCAGUAUUUUUGAAGUAUGAAAUCAUAUUGCUAACAAUUCCGUAAGCCUUUGUUAUAGGCCGAAACAAUAGUUGGAUAAAAACUUUCGCAAAUCUUUUUGACAAUUAACUAAAUCGAAUCUAUUUCUAUUUGUUUAUUCAAAAUUAUUGUAGAUAAUAUAAGUAUAGCUGUUGGCAAUUUGCCAAACCAUUCAGUAUCAAAUAAGCCUAUUCGUUGAAUUUAAAACAGUUUAAUUAUAAUUGAGACAAAUAAAACUGUUGCAUAACUUCUAGUCAACAAACUGAUAGUAUUCGAAGAUAAGUUUUGCAGCCAUCACACAAGUCGUAAAUCACUUUAAAAUAAUUAUUUUAACGGUCAACAAAAUGAGAAGCGUUUCAUAAUUCUACCAAAUGUUUAUCUACAUUUUUAGACCUUCUUCACCGCAGCCAUUUUAUUUUGAGUUGAAUUCAUUUUUGCUACAGACUUCCACUCACCAUAUAUUUUUAAAUAAGUCACUGUUAACCGAUAGGGCAGCCUUGUGCUUUUCCAUUUGCCCUAAUUUUAUUGAUUUAGGGUAGUUCAUAUUUUCGUAUAAUUUAUAAAAAUCUAUUUUGAUUCCAUAUUUUUUGGGCGCAGGUCGUCAACACUUUUCUUCCAGUUUUAGUUAGUAUGGACAAUCUCGAUCUACAUUGGUCGUGAUUCACUUGGAAGCAGAUUUAUAAUUAUUUGAUGAUGAAAUUGUAAAGUGCAAUUAUAGAAUUUGUAGGUAGAGAAUAGAGUUAUUUUAAUUCCAAAGUACAAGUUUAGAAAAAAACUGGAGCAUUUUUUGAUUAACUAAAACUAUGAUUUAUUAUGUCUAUUCACACAACCAUUGUUACUGUAAAACAUCCCGGCUUUAAUUGUUAUACUUUGAAUUAAAUCAAUAUGAAAACUGAAAAAAUAAGUGAUUGUAUUUCAUUUGGAAAGGAAUCCAAGAUGUCGUUUUCCAAAUUACAAUGUUUCAUUCCAAUUUAUACUGAAUAUCACAAUUUGUGACAAUAAUUUUCAAUGGAUUACCUUUUUAAAGAAAUAUUGAAAACUUUAGAGUUGUGAAAUAUUUAAUUCCACCACUUCUAUAAGGUUGAUCAGGGUGAUAUAUAAUUUGAAAGAAAAUAUAAACACACCUUGUGUUCACAAUAGUUACUAUUCCGAGGUUGUUUAACUGUAGUGUACGACUUGUUAAACACAGAUUGUGUACUCAAUGGGAAUAAAAGUCAUGAUUUUAUUUAGUUCAAAAAAAAUAUUCAAUACUUCAGAAGAUUUUUUUUAAUAUGCAUCAAAGAAAUAAUUCAUGUUAAUAAGUUACAUUUGGGACAUGCAAAGGUACGAUACCACAACUGCAUGCAUAAAAAUAUGAGUAAGGUAUAUUGGGGAAAACACAGUGUAGUGCAGUUAUUCUUCUUCUUCUCUCUCUAUUGGCCUUUUGUCUGACGACAUACAGCCAGGAUCUGUGUUUUGCUAGUUACCAGUUUAUUUGAAGAGUGUACCACAUGGUACGUCUGAACACCUGCUUUAUGCCCUUCAAAAUAGGAUUAGUAGUAUUUGUAGUUGUAGCAUGGAUAUCCCUCUGUGAUUUCCAGAUUAUCUAUAUAUUGUAAGGCUAAAUCUAAACCCUCCAGUAAGUUUGGUGGAAGCCCUUUUCUCCAAAACGUCGGCUCAUUAUAUGAUUGAUAAAACCUGAUCAGUGAUCUUCCUAUCUCAUCAAUGAUAAUAAUUUAAAGCAGAAUUUCGCAUUCAACCUUGUAUACAAUAGGCUAGUUUCUAAUGCCUCCGCAAGUAAAACGUUGGUACUGUACCUUAAGUGAUCGAUAUUAAAGUGUGAGUAAGUGUGUGAGUAACUUUGAUAGAACAAUUAACCUUCCUCAAACUUGUUGUGUCGACAUUGAAUUCAUAGAUUGUCUCAUAAAUAUUCUCCUUGCUGUCAACAUAUCUGUGAUUAACCGAAUAAUGUCGGCAUUGAUUUCCAUGUCAUUUAGGUGUUGUGCUAAAUUAUCCUAAAGAACAUUAUCAUAGGUUGCAAAGAUAUCUAAGAAUAUGCAUAACGUUCUUUUUCUCCAACCAUCAAAAAAUGUUGACUUUUUUGUACUAUUUUCAGGUGCAAAAGCCAUCAAUUCCCUUACCGUACAAAAAUUUGCUCGUUGCUUAGCAACACUUUUAAUCCUAGGAUUAAAAACGCUACUUUUAAUCAUAGGACUAAAAGUACUACUAAACUACUACAAAAAUUAUAUGAUUAGUACGUCUACUUGACAAUCGAUAUUUACCAACAAUACCAGAUAUCCAUGACUACCGACUUGCUAACGCUGUUAUAAUUAAUAGGUGUUCAAAUUUAUUACCAAAUUAUUAACGAUUUUUUAAUAAAACUAACUUCAUUUUAAUUUUGACUUGGUUGGAGACAAAAUAGUAUAUAUCAUACGGACUAAAAGUGCCAAUUUUUACUCUUAAUUUUGCAUUUACUCGGGUGUGUUGCACUCCUCCUCGCAAUUGCAAAUAUUGCUCGUAAAAAAAUAUUCACUUUUAAUCCUUAUAAUAUAAUAUAUUAUUUCCUUUCAGUACAUGCCGUAUUAAUCUCUAGAGAUAAUUUUGUGAGGCAUUCCAUUACUCCUCUGCCUUUUCUGAAGCCGACUUGUAGAUCAUGAAUGUUUUGUUGCUUUCUAAAAAGUGAUCUAUUCUCAUGUGUAUUACGUUCUCUAGCAUUUUACUUACGCAUGAUGUUAAUGCUAUUGGGCGGUAGAUAAUCGUGGUAAUGAGGGAUUUUGCCCGGUUUUAGAAUCGGUAUUUAUUAUCGAUGUUUUCCAUUGUUCAGGUAAGGGCAAAUGUCCGUUGAUAACGUUGUUGUAAAUAUUGAGCAAAUUUUUGAUCGUGAUCUCUGGUAAGUUAACUAGCAUUGAGUAAGUUAUAUGAUCUUUUCCUGGUCAUGUAUCUCUCUUUUUCUUCAUUAGAAACGAACGUAAUUCAUCCUCACUAAUUGGUGGCGAAGGAGCUGAAUUUCUAAAUAUAACAACUUCUUCGUCCCUCGGAAUGAUUGUUGAGGUCAUCGCGUCCAACAUUGUUUCUAACCAUUGUUCCGACUCUGUACAGUGAGUCCCACUUUCUAUACCUCCUUUUGCAUAUCCCACCAUAUUGGCUUUUGUAACUGUUUUCUUGUUCUCAUCGUGAUUCUUGUUUCUGGGAUACCUAUAUUAGCCCCUUCUUCAAUUUUUAUUUCCCACUCCUCAUAAGUUAAACCUAAUUCAACGUUUUCCAGUGCCUUCGUGUAUUUAUUCCAAUCUGUUUUCUUUCUCCUCCAUUUUUUUAUGGAAUGGUUACCAUAUAUUGGAUAGAUCCCAUUUCUUAGAUUGAUUGUAGCAGCUGUGGGCACGUGAUCGCUAUUUCCGGCUGUUUCUAAUACUACCCAUUGACUAAAGGGAGCUAAUUCUGGAGUCAUAAAUGCUAUGUCCGUGACACUUCGAUUUUGACCUGGUUGUGACAACCGUGUAACUUCUCCUGUAUUCAAGUAUAGUAGAUUUUGCUAUUCAAUAGCGUCCAUUAAGUGUAUACCUUUCGUAUUCGUAGUGCCUGAUUCUCAACUUUGGUUUUGGGUGUUCAGAACUCCCAUGAUGAUAAAUGGUCCGCGUAUUUUCCUAAAUAUCUCUAGAUAAUUUUGUUUUUUAAUGUACAAAUCCGGUGGGCAAUAGAUUGUAACUAUUGAAAUUUCUUUAACCUUUACUCCUAAGAUCUGAAACCGGUUGGGUAAACUGGUACAAAUGUUAUUAUGGCUAAACGGUAUUGUUAAUAAGGAUAGCUAAGCCUCCCCUUCCAUCAAUUCUAUCUUGCCGUAUGAUUGUAUAAUGUGAGAAAGCAAUGCUUUGAUCCAGUUUGAGAAAUGUUUCAUUCAGAAGAAUUAUGUCUGGCUGUUUUUCAUGUAUUAAAACUCUUAACUCAGAAUAAUUCGAAUAUAAACUUCUAAUGUUCCAAUAUAGAAUAAUUAAUUCUUUUUUCCUUUUCAUUUGUGCGUCAAUAAUAUGUACUUUGUGCGUCAGAUUCAUCAGGGCUGUUUGGUAUUGGCAUCUCAUCUGUAUUCAUUUUUUGGAUCGUUUCAACUUUCUGUUGUAGAUAACCACUAGCAAUUAUUUUGAGAAUCAUAGGCCUAUAAAAGUACUCACUCCAGUUGUGUCCAAAUUAUACAGGGUAUUUUAUUUAAUAAUAUAAUAGUGUAUACUGCUAAAAUAUACCACUUAAUAUUUCACCGUUCACCGAAAUGCACAACUUUGAGUACAAGUUUAUAGGGCGAAAUAUUAAGUACCUAUUUCGUAGUUCGCCGCAAACUUAUUGUAUGGAAACUCAGUAUGUUAAACAUUGUGACAAAAUUCAAAAACCACAAGCGGCUGAGGAAUCGUUUAUCAUAUUGUUGCACCGAUAAUAGAAGUCCUAUUUUCGCACUAUUUACACAAUAUACUAAUUAUUGAAAUUCUGAAAUUGAUUUGCUAUUUCUUGGAUGCUUAAGAAAGAUUAGUAAGAAGUCAAAGUAUAGUUGUAACAUUAUACAUUUAAUAAUAGUAAAAAUAUAAUCAAUAUGUGUUAUGUUUUCAUUUAAAAUAACAAAAUCAUUUGUAUACGACCAUUUAGUACAUCAUCUUUGUUGAGCAAAUAUUUAUUUUGAAAAUAAUAGACUCAUGAAAAUCUAUGCUCGCUUAUUAUAAGUGCAAUAAUUUUUUGUUAUUUCUAUAAUAUGUAAAAGUCAUCAGUGCCUAUAAUAGUUAGACAUACAAUGAUAGCUUUGCACAUUCAUGUAAACUUCAUGGAUAUAUUAUUACAUUAGGGACACCGACUGAUUUACUUUUCGUCAAAUAAAUUUGUAGGAGUAAUUUGCAACAAAUUAUUGUCGUUGUAUAAAUUAUUUCUGCAGUAAAAAAUUUGUAACGGAUUGCAAAAUUUUAUAUGCUUGCUUUAAACAUUUUAUAGGAAAUAUUUAGCGAGCAUGUGGCUUAACCAAUAUCCGUUACAAAAUUUUCAAGUUUAAAAACUAAUAGAAAUUUGUACUUGUACAUAAAAACACUUUUCAUAUACAUAUUAAUGUAAAAGUAUAUAUAAGAAGUGUCACGACUAUCUGUAUACUAUAAAUUAUGCACAGGAUUAAUACCAAAUUUAUCAGUGGGUGUUAUACAUUGAUAUUAUUCUGUGUAGUCACCCCUUUCCCACAAAAUUAGAUUGCCCUCUUCAAUAUUUAUCGUUAAAACUACUUAUUUUUUAUAUAUAACAAUAUAACAUGGAAAGUCAAAUGUUACAAUCCUUAUACAAAACCUGUGGGGAACUUGACAUGAGUUGGAAAUUUUUUACUAAAAUUAUAUAUUUUCAAUUUACUCAUUCGUCUUAAGUUGGAUAGAGUUGGUGUAAUUUCUACGAUCAUCAACUAAAGUGCGAGAACAUUACUAAACGGUAACCAAGGUGACGUAUUUGUAAACGCACAAAUAUCUAAAAAAUCUGUUCCUCAAUUGUUCGCACCUUUACUAUUUCUCCGACCUCCCCGAUUCUCUCCUCUAUAUACUGAAGAUAUUUUUAUAUUGGAUUUCCCACUCACAAUUUAUAAUAAACAAAUAUGUUCCUGCGCACUUGUGAAGAAAUUAUUUCUAAAAAAUUUAUUUCUCCAUACUGGUGCCUCUAAAAUUAACUCUGGUGGUGGUUGCACAGUUACUUCAAAUCAUGAACAUUCUUUACCUUCAACGUGUAGUAUUUACAUUGGUGAACCAUAGAGCAUUUUUCAGGCUGUCAAAUAUAUCCCCCACCUCCCACAUAUAUGUAUUUAUGCUCUUUCUUCCGUUCAGGCAAUUAAAAUCAUUUUCACCGCCAAACAUACAUGAUAUCUGCCAAACUCCAUUUGCUCAUGAUGUAACGGUCUCUCUUAUCGGGCUUCUAUCUUCCACUAAAAAAUAAAGUCCAAGUUGCAAGUGAUGUCAAGCUCAGCUUCAAAAAAUAUAUCCGAGAGUCUUAAUGUCAACGUAUGACAACACUUUACAAUCUCCACUCAUCUAUUUCUCUCUAAACUUUUUAAAUACAACUUAAGAUAACACUUGGAGUUAGCCGCACCAAACACAUACACAACUGAUAUUUUUGGAAGCCGUCUUGUUUGCCGUAAUUGUAAUGUUUUUGUAGCACUCAUGCUCAUUUUUACCGCAAGCAAACAAUAUUCCAACUGUACUAACAAUUUGACCUCAAGCCUAACCUUAAUGGAACGCUUCACUGUUCUACUUGAUCAAAAAAGUUCCUCAAAGUGACCAACCAAACAAAAUUUGGUAAGAACAUUCUACAUAAUUGGGGCAGUAUAACAUAUGUUUACAAAUAAAGAAACUAUUAACAACUAUCACUAUUAGUAAAUUUGAUUUUGUAUUAUAGGUUGGUAACUUUGAGGAACCAUCUUGAUCCAAGUAAAACAGUUAAUUGUUUCAUUAAGGUUAGGCUUGAGGUCACAGUGCUAAAAUACACAAGAGUACUAAAAAGAAUAAUUUAAUAUAUAUUGUUAUACAGAUAGUUUAAACUUGUGAUACACAUUGCAUAAACAUAUAUACAAACUUUAAGUGAGAUAUAGUAUUGUCAAUAAGUACAAAAUAAAAUUAUAAAUAUUUUCAAAUGAAUGAUUCUUAUUGUAACUCAUCUUUGAAUUAAUACUUGUCUGAAUUAUGAUCAGUCCAACACAAGGUGAUAUAACUACCAAAAAUUAGUUUUAUUUUUUUACACAUGAACCCUAUCGUAUAAAACAUACCUAUCUCACUUUUUGUUUUUUUUUUUAUGAAUUAAAUAUAGUUUUAAAAGCUUUUUAUAAGAUAAUCAUAAUAUAUAUGUGCUUUGUCUUUGUCAUAUCAAACAAAAAGGAAAAUGAUAUACAUGAACUUCUUUAAAAAAGUCUGUUAUUUUUAUAUUUCCAUUUUGAUGAAAUUUCAAGAACAAAUUAAGUUGAUAUCAUCAAAUUGAUGGUAAUAAGUUUGAGUGGAGUUAUAUUGAGGUAGAUAGUAGAUAGAUACUUGGAUAUUGAUCUUCUGAAGGUUAUAGUAUUCAGGUAAGACGUGCCUUGGUAGCUGAUUCCACAGGCUUACACUUCUCCAAAGAAAGGUCUACUGAUAAAUUGACGUUCUGGGCGUCUGCAUGCGAACUCGGUGUUCAAGAGCCACGUCUUUCUGUUGAGUAGGUCUUCCAAAUACUGCUCUAGGCAUGAUUAUGUUUGACAGCUUGGAAGAGCAUUUGCCAUAGUAGUAUCGUUAAAACAGAGUCAGGUCAUUUUUCUAUGCUCUAAGCUGCCCCAAAUCUCUGAUCAAGUCUAUUGGCCUAUUCUGUAUUGAGUCGAGCAUCCUCAGGGUAUUCAUUCGACUUCUACAUUGAAACUAAACCACUGACUGGCUUCUCUAGCGUGUUUGGAUUUCUGAAGACAAUAACUUAUCAAAACAGACAGUGUAAUUGUGAGUAUUAGUGGUAGAUCGAUUUUCAAGUUUUCAAUCCUUCGAUCACUUCAUAUGACAGUGCAGUCCCGGCACGUUUGAGAUAAAUUAAGUUUCUACAAAAAAAAAUGAUUUAAACCUGUCUACACCCGCAAAAUUUCAGUAGGUAAAUUGGGGCGGGAAAAUAUUUAUUUGUCAAAUUCUCUGUGGAAAUAUUUAUCCAUAGUUCAUCAAUUUAUCCCGUUUGGUACAUAUUAGUCACUAUUAAUGCUAAAAAUGUAUUCCAACGUGUAUUUAUGUUUCAAAAGUUUAUUUUAAUUUAUCGUCACGUGACUUUAUUGUCUAUAUUUUAGUUUAUAUUAAUAUAAACAACAUAUAUCUUCACAAUGCCGUACUUACUGACUUGUCUUUUUAAUAACGUUGUACUAUUCAUAUGUUGCUGAUCUGACUCGAACAUUCUAGAUGUUUCUGAUCUCUCCACGUCAAGUAUCAAGGUACAGAAAUAUCUAGAAAAUACCUCUCGAACAAGACCGCACUGAUCAAUUCUCAUAGAUGUACCACCAAUUUGCUGAUCAUUCAACAUAAAUAUAUUUUGUACAGACUUUGAAGAAGUUCCUGUAAUAGUUUAUAUUUACGGUAUAAGAAUCAAAAGUUUUCACCUUUUGUAAACAUUUUUGUAUGGACAUUAUGUAUGUACCUAAUUGAUAAAAAAAAUGAUUUUUAUAAAAGUUGUUUGUCGUGAUAUUUAAUAUUUAUAUAUAACUAGAAGAUAAGUUUAUGCAAAGCUUCCUGUUGUUUCAACUUACUUUGUCGAGCUAAUUUGAAUGUCGAAAUAUAUCCAUAACCAUAUAUAGCUUUUUUCUUAUUUAAAUUAUUAUAGACAGCCAUUCCAAUCUUCAAUUUUAAACAGUGUGUAUUGUCUAAAAUCCUUUAUCUUAUUUUUUGUUCAGAAUCAGAAGAAAUUUGGCAAUGUUAUCCUGGAGUCAAAUAUUUGUUGGAUAUACAGGGUGUUUCUAAAUUCAUGCGGUGUUUACUCGUAUAAAAUUGAGGUUUUCCCUAUAACAAAAUUGCCUCAACCCAUCACUUUCAGAUAUAUCACUCGUAUAAGGUGGUGUUGAGUUUUUAUUUUUUUUUUCUAAAAUUUCAGUAAUCUUAUAAAGCUGAAAUUCUGAAAUCGGGUAUUUUCUCAAUAUUCCUGUUACAUUAAACGGGAGUGAAAUUAGCAACUUUUACUUUAUUUCAUAUCAAAACUUUUUUUCAAGAUGAAGUUUUAUGAAAUAAACUUAUAACUAAAAAUCCUUGUUUUGUUUAAAUAUAUUAUUAAUUCUUAAAUUUAUUUAAUAAAUUGAGUGGGAAACAGUAAAGACGUAAAAUGUAAUAUGAUUCAUAAUAAAUGCUGGAAAUAACCACCUCUAGCUAAAACGUAGCCUACGUGUCAUUUUGUUAUAGGAAGGUCCUAUCUUAUUGUAAUAUGAACAAUCACCUCCUGAAUUUUGUCGCACGAAUUUAGAAACCCUGUAUGUGGUUUCAAAAUCCAUUCUAUGAUCGGGGUCAUCUUCUGUGAAACGAUGAAUCUAGAUAUAAGUGUUUAAAUUGACGUAUAUCACUGGUGUGUCCAGUGAUACGAAUUACUUUUUCUUUCUGUUUUCGCCUUACUUUUGCCCAAAUUCGACUGAUGUAGUUAUUCGAAAUUUCAAUAGUAGUGAGUACUCAAAAAAUUGGUAAUUUAAUACUAUUUAUACUAUUAGGAAUGUAAAUAACAUUUACUUUUCGCAUGAAAUUAUUGAUAGCUUUGAUUGGUUUCUAUAGCGUCAUUAGUAUUGUUAUUUUAUUAACAACGUCAAGCUGACAAUUUAUUAUCAAAAAUUGAAGGAAAUUGAAAUUAUUGAUUUGUAUAACAACCAAAUGGAUAUAGAAAAAUCAGGAAAUAUUGCUUAUCUGUCACUGUUGCCAGAAGAAUCGAGGAAGAGAUACGAAGCAAAGUAUCAAUACUUCAAGAAAUAGUGGCAAACACUAUUUACUGUAAAUUGAGAAAAAAACGAGAAAAUAUUCAACCAACUUUUGUUAAAAAAUUUAAAAAUUGUACUGUUAAUAAUCAUAUCACUUAAUAUUAUUCAAUUUUCAGAAAUAAUUUUUGGCUUGAAGUUGCUGAUUAAAUAAAUGUUUAUAUAAAAUACCUUAAAAAUGUAGGAUUUUUUAAGUAAAUAAUAUUACCACACAAGGGUGGUAAGCAUUCUUUCACUUUCAUCAAGGGAAUCGAUAUCUUUUUGGUAAUUGAUACUUACGUUCUUUGAAACAGUGUGAAAAUACGUUGUUUACAUCAUAGGAAUAGUAAAAAAUACAUUUCCUUGAUAAAAUAUUUUCAAAUAAUUCCAAUUUAGUGGGUAGAAAAUAAUUGAAUGUAUUUUGAGUUCCAUAAGCUUUUCAAUAACUCAACAAUUGCUGCAUAAUUCACAAUGCAAAUUAUUAUGAUCAGUUGUAAAUUGUUAAACUUGAAAAAACACAUUAGUUACUAUAUAAUUAUUGAUGCAAUGUCUUUGACACUUUAAUUCUGCUAUGAUAUUUACUUUUUCAUUUUAUUCAUUCUAUUAAAGCUAGUUAGUAUCAAACACUUAAUGAAAAAAUUAGGAUUUUAGAAGGCUUUUGAAAUUCAUGUGAAAUUAUUCUGCAUGCCUUUAAUUUUUCUCAACUCUUGCUUUUUAUACUAUAUCACUUUUCAUCAUUGCACUUUUAAACUCAUAGAUUUAAUAGGCACAUGGAUACCCAACUAAAACCGUAUCUGAAAGACAUUUAUUGGAUCUUUCCUCGAAUGUAAUCGUUUGACAUUCAUAUUCUCUCUUUACUUCAUAAUUUAAUGGUGCUGACGACACUACAUUUAAGGCACAUUUUAUCAGAAAUGUAUUCAGUGGUAAUUGGCUUCACAAAAAUCUCAAACGCUUCUAUAUAUUAGUUAAAUAUACAUUCAUUAUUAGUCAAAAACACAAAUACACACGCAGAACAUUAUUUUUAUUUCUUAGUAACAUCGAAGUCUACGUCAGUUGUUAUAUUCUCAAGAAUUGAGAAUUAACAAACCUCGAUACAUUUGUGAGUGUUAUUUAGAAUUCAAAUAUUUUUAUUUCCAUAACGAGAUAAAAAAGAACAAGCCCAACAGUUGUUUGUAGACCUUAUGAAGUCGUCGAUAUGAUCUGCGAGGCGACAAUUCUAUCGCAGCCUUAUAAACAAUAUUCAGCUCCUCCGCUGGAAUUGUUGCUACACUUUUCGAUUUUUGCUGUUUUUAUUCACAAAUUUUCAUCAAGUAUCGAUUUCGAUGGACCAUGUAAAAUUUAUCGUGAAUUUCAUGAAUAACAAGAAGUUGGAUAUUUUUAAAGCUUCGAAUAAAAUUUCGAAAUUUCAUUGCGUUCAUAUAAAUUAUCUGCAUCUUCCAUGCUAUUAAUUGUGAUGUUCCGUAGAGCAUCGACCAACAUGCGUAGUCGACACGCGUAAAUUUUGUAAAAACAAUACAGAUUCUGUAAUUGUCGCACUAUGUUUAAAGUGAAAAAGUGAAUUAAGAAUUAGCUUUCUGCUUUCCAUUUCCAAGAAAAGCUACAAAAAUCGUUAAAAAGUUAAAUGUUAAAACGUCCAUGCUUUCCAUGCAUCUGGAAUAAUUAAUCGAUUUCAACAAGUUCAGAAAUGAUAAUAAAUGCUUAAAAUUUCGAAAAAAAGGUUCAUCGUUUGCAAUCAUUCCUUCUCUUUUUCGCCACAUUGAUUUUUUCUCCUUUUUGUGUUUAAGCCUUAUAAAACCCAAUAUAAAAUCACCUAAACUAAGACCUGAUUUCGCAAAGUUGCCUCUAUUGAAUUAAUUAUAGUGAGCGACAAAUUUCUCCGGUAACUUGGUUUAAAGAUUUCCCACCUACUCAAAUUUCUACAAAUAUAAAACACGUCUAUCGUGCUACAUGUUACUCUAGUGGUAUUAAGUUUUCAGAUGUUCUUGAAAGUAAACAAAAUUAUUUGAAAAUAAGAACCUACUUUCAAAUAAGAAUAUCAAAUAAUUUCACUAUGAUUGCACCUUAGAUUUCAUAUUUGACAACACUUUACUAUAAGUACUUCUAUAUUAGUUGUUGCUUAAAAAUUCCUGUUUACAGUAGAAAGGUAAUCAUAGGUGGCACAACUGUAAAAAGUAGAUUUGAACGUCUUCCGAAUCAGAAAAAACUACUUUCUAAAAUGAUAAUAGUCUUUGACUAUUUUUGGCUUUUUAUAUUUACACCUAAGGUAACUUUAUUUUUUUACUGUAAUUGUUUAUGUUAUGUUUUAUAAUAGUAGUACAUGUCACAGGAACGAAGUUUUUCUGAUGUCUAUAGUGGAGUGUAAAACGAGACUGACAGUCUGAAAAACUUACGAUUUCGUUCGCCUGACAUGCAUUAUAUUCGUUUCGAAUGUGAGCAAAAAUUGAAUUUGAAGUAUGGAUGUUUCUCUUAGCAUAGUUAAACACAUUAAUGUAUUUUUAUACUUCUACAUCAGAUACAAAUUAUUAUCACACCGAUUAAUUCUUCAAAUUUGCCAAUUAAUUUAAAUUCACAAAAGUAAACUUUAGUAAAUUUGAAUUAUACAUGUAAUGUUUUUCUUCAUAUAAUAACGUUAUUGAUGAGUUUUUAUGUAGUCUUUGUAAUAACCGUUAUGCUACGUUUACAUGCUAGGCAAGCACAAGCGUGCAAAUGGGUUGUUGGUUUUUGAAUAGAACUCGAAGGAAGCUUGUGACAAACUCUUACGACGUAUUUACAUGUUGGCACGUGUCAAGUGUCGACCACGAGCUGCUGCUGAAUGGGUAUUUUCAUGUUGAGCUACGCGCUAUGUACAUAUCGAUCAUGAGUAAUUGAUCACUCGGCGAUUCUUAUGGCGUGCAUUCCACUAAGCGUUCACGGCGCCUGAAAUACUCUUUUGGACGUUCUACAUAGCGACUACGAUCGUUGUGGUCGCGGCGAGAAAAUCACUCAUGACGUCAUGACUAACGUUCACGACAACCCUUGUCAAGAGGUGGGUUGAAUUAGCAGAAUUUUCAACACUCAACCAACGCAUAUUGCAACCAUGAGAAUCUAUCUCAUUAUUUGAUGGGGUAUGGGAUAUUAUAAGUACUUUAAUGAAAAUCAGUUAAGCACUCCACUAAAAAAUUAAAUGACAUAGAAAUUAUAACGUAACCUCCUAAAGCUUCCGCUUUAUUUUUUCUAUUUUGCCAUUAGUUAAUAUUUAUCUCAAAGAUCGAAAUGCCUCGUAAGCCAUUCCAGUUGGAUUUACGAUUAUAACUCUCUGGACUAAGUGGAGCACGAAAGAUCGUGGUCGUGAUGGUGAUUGACGCUAGUGCUUAGUGAAAUGCACCCAUGGCCUUCCAAUAUUUGGCAUGCUUGUAAAUUAUUAUUGCUAUUGUAAUUGUAAUUAUGUGAUUUAUGCAUAUGAUACAAAUACGAAAAGUACAUUCAUAUUACAUAUUCCAUCAAUUUAUGUCACAUUCGAGUAAUUAAACUUCUCUGUACACUUAUUGAUCUAUUGUGCUUUCAACAACGUCAAUUUUCAUCUAUUUUUGUAAAUGUUGCUUACAUUGCUUUAAACAACACGCUGUUAAAACACACAACUGUGCCAUAUUUGAGUGAUUUGUAAUUUAAGUUUAAUAUGUAUAUCAUUAUUUUACGAUUAUUUAAUAUUUAUCAUAGAGCUAAAUAAAUAAUUUGAGAGU